UUGCAGUAAGUACCAACGCUAGGAGGCAGUAACGUAUUUUGUACUUCGUUUUACUGUCAGUUGGUCGCUGCAGUGCACCCAAGUGCACCGUGCGGUGUGUCAGCAAUGUAAACAGACGUGUCUUUAAUAUACUGUGCAUUUGUUAGUCUCAAGCCAAGACCUGCUUUGCAAAUUUGAUGUUGCUGUCAUCAGCAUGGCUUCAACCUCCAGCUUUGCUCCGCCGAAACUGACUGACUUCAUCCUCACAGAGCGACUGGGCAGUGGUACCUAUGCAACAGUCUACAAAGCCUACAGAAAGGGGGACAGUCGAGAGGUGGUGGCAGUGAAGGUGGUUGCAAAGAAGACUCUAAACAAGGCAUCCACAGAAAACCUGCUCACAGAGAUUGAAAUCCUCAAGACUAUGCGUCACCCUCAUAUAGUCCAGCUGAAAGACUUUCAGUGGGAUGCUGAGAAUAUUUAUCUGAUCCUGGAGUGGUGCUCAGGUGGAGACCUCUCCCGCUUCAUUCGCAGUCGCAGGAUUUUACCUGAGAGGGUGGCCCGGCGCUUCCUGCAACAGAUCGCCUGUGCCCUCCAGUUUCUUCAUGAGCGAAAUAUCUCACACCUGGACCUGAAGCCCCAGAAUAUUCUGCUCAGCGGCUCUGUCCUCAAACUAGCAGAUUUUGGUUUCGCCCAGUACAUGUCACCAUGGGACGAGCAGAGUGUCCUGAGGGGUUCCCCUCUUUACAUGGCUCCUGAGAUGGUGUGCCGGCGCCAAUAUGACGCCCGGGUAGAUCUCUGGUCAGUAGGAGUCAUUCUUUAUGAGGCACUGUUUGGGCGAGCACCAUUUGCAUCAAGGUCAUACGCUGAAUUGGAGGAGAAGAUCCGGAGUAACCAGCCUAUUGAGCUCCCUCCUGGGGCUAGGGUAUCCAAGGACUGCAGGGACCUUCUGUUGCGGCUGCUAGAGAGAAAUCCAGAUGCCCGGAUCACCUUUGCAGAGUUCUUCACCCACCCUUUCGUGGAUAUGGAGCACAUGCCGAGUGUAGACAGCUUAGUGAAAGCGAAAGAGCUGGUCCUGCAGGCCGUUCAGAAGGACCAAGAGGGGGAGAGGUCCGCUGCUCUCUGUCUAUACUGCAGUGCCCUUGAGCACUUUGUCCCUGCGAUUCACUACGAGACAGACCGACAACGUAAAGAUGCCCUCAGGCAGAAGGUCCGCCAGUAUGUGUCUAGAGCCGAAGAGCUGAAAGCCUUGGUGGCCUCAGACAACAGACAGAGCUUUGAGGAGGCCCGCACUUCCAGGGAUGUCCUCCGAGAAAUGUCUCGAGACCAACCACGACUGCUGGCUGCUUUGGAGAUGGCCUCUACUGCGAUUGCUAAGGAGGAGAAUGGAUUGGGUGAUCAUGAGACCCUGGAUGUGUAUCAACAGUGCUUAGGAGAACUACUGUUGGCGCUAGCAGCCGAGCCCCAGGGCCGCAGGAGAGAGCUGCUCCACAGCGAGAUUAAAAGCCUCAUGACUAGAGCUGAAUACCUUAAAAAGCAUAUCAAGAUGCAGGAAACUCAGAGCGACGUGUCUCUGGAUCGAGAAUCUCUUGCAGACAGUGUCAGAAGCUCUUGCUGUUUGCAGUGAGCUUGGCACCGUGGGAACUGGGUGGGAUGCCCCACAGAACACCAGACUGCCUGUCAGUGUUCAGGUUGAACACGGAGCCUUCACCUGACCAGGUUUCUGUCAGGGGCCAAAUCUAAGUAGCUGAUUUUGCAGGUUGAGAACUUGUAUUUUUUGUUUUUGAGGGGGGAAAUAGUUUGGCUGGUAAAAUACUGAAAGUAGCUCCUGAAUUUUGCACUUGCACACUGGUGAAUGUGAAAGUUAGCUCCUUGCAUGUCCCACUCUGUUUCUGCACUGCCUCAAAUCCCUCCUCCUGACACACCAUUGAUAUGUAAAUGCUGGACAGCUUGUAUGACAAUACCACACUUUCAUGGUAAACGAAUUAAACUGAGACUGCUGCAUUUAUUGUAGCGCAAAACUUUCACUGUUUGCAGCACACCAAAAAAAAAUGAACUGUGAAAACCUGAAAAUACAAUCAAAUGGGAACUGUGACAUCAAGAAGUAUCAAAUCAAUUUAAACUGUAGUAUAUUGAGGCCUCUGCAAACAUGCACAUAAUCCCUCACCCCCAUUCCCCACUGCGUUUACUGUGGGUCAACCACAGGCUCACCAUGCCCUCUCUUCUGAUGGAGCCCUCUUCACCACUAAGAGGGAAAAACUGGAGAGGUGCGGCCUCUGCCUUAUUUACACUAGACUUGCAUUUUCUUAGGUUUGGCACUGGCUGGGUAUUUGAGGGACAUAGUGAGUUGUGGCGCGUAAGCUAAGCCUUCAUAACUAGGCCUCUGUGAAACGGUAAAAAGCUUAACAGUCAGUGGAAGGCCGGUAAUCCUCGCUGUUGUAGGUCUUCAUGGACUGUUUUGAUUUCAAACAGGUAUUGGAUAUUCCAGAAGGGAGCUUUACUUUGUGAAUAAACUGGAGAAAAUAUCUGAAACAGGAGUUAAAGGAGAAAAAAUAUAAAUAUAUCUGAUAAAUGUAUGAUUUCCAUACUGCUGUGUUGUUUUAUUUUUAUUUGAAUGUUUAUACAGCUGUGAUUUUAUAUGUUAUGUAUUUAUUAAAUGAGAAAUUCAGUGGAAAAUAAAAUGGCAAUCUCUGA